GCGCUCCGGCUUUCUCUCUCACUCUCGUUGACCUGGCUUUGGGUGGCCGCCCUUUCUCUUUCUUUAUAUAUCGUCGUCGGCGUCCUCUGAACAUUUUCUCUGCUCUUUGCAUUGCAGUGUGCCAGACCGCAUUCCAAAAUACUCCUCUUCUUGCCGCCUAAUCUCUUCUUUCUUCUUCUCAAGUCUUCCACCCAAUAUUAGCCACUGCGUCCACUUGUGUUCCCCACCAAUCCUACUUUCACCGUUGUAUCACCUUACUUUCUGUUCAGUAAUCAACAGCACAUUAAUCUCUUUCUAUCGACACCAUGACUACCGCACCUCCCAACAACCGUGCUUCUCUUCUUGCAGGCCUUCGCACAGGCGGCGUUCGCUCUUCCUCGACGACUCUUCCUCACACAGCCGCUCCAGGUGCAUCUUUUAACAUCACUCGCUUCGCAUCACAACAUCAUCAGCCUUCCUCGUUUCCAGAGGAGGAUGAAGAUGAUCAGCUCGCCGAAAUGCCUUCACAGAAUGUGUAUGUCAACAGACAGUACAGCGGUAACCGGACCUUGCCAAUGACUGCCGCUGUCGAUGGAUCCAACAACCGAUUUGCUCAACAGCAACGGGGCAUGAAUCCGAACAGUGCUCCAUUCACACCGUCUUUUGCUACCCCCAACAUGAUAGCGCAAUCCAACAAUGUUCAAGCUCAGGCAUUUCAAUUACAGAUGAUGCAAAUGGAGUUGAUGAGACUUCAGGCCGUUCAAGCUCAGCAACAAGCUCGGCAGUAUCAGGCUGAGCUUUUGGCUCAGGCGCAGCGCCAACAGCAACAGCAGUGUCAGAACCGCAGGGCUAGCUUGGGCUUUACCGCUGCUUCCGCAGGCCCCAUGUCUACCACAUUUGAUUUGCGCUCUGCUGCCUUGAGCGCUCAGAUGCGCCGGGCAAAGGAACAGCAGCCUCAGUCGUCCGUGGUUGCCGAUGAGCCCAUGACUGCUUCGUUAGGCGGGAGAUUUGGAAGUCGGGCGCCAAGCGUCCCUACGGUUCCAAUGGUCAGAUACAAUAAUGACGAUAAUGACGGGGCUCCUAUACCUCCAACCCCUAACUCUACGACCGUCAUCAGCGGAGGCACUUCGUUGGGCAACCCUACCUCAAACAACUUGAACUCGACCGGCGCGCUGUCCAAGUCGGACUCUGCCACUUCGUGGAGGCGGGCUGACAGGAACAACUCUGUUCUUAGGGCGAACCGGGUCGUGACUUCCCCAAGCGUCAAAGUGACCCCUCCCCCUGGACUACCUGUCGCAGCACCUAAGGCUCGGCCUCAGCCUCUUCGUUUCAGCCCUGCCGUAUCACAACCAUUGCCCACUGUAACCAUCGAUACAAGCGAAGGUGAUGACAUCGAUGACGCUGACUCGACCAGUUCUUCCAAGUCCGGCGGAUCCAAUUCGUCCCCUACCAGUCCUCAUUCGUCCUCUUCCAACGAGAUGCCUCUCUCGCCGCGCGAAGAGGCAAGCAAGAAGUUGUACGAAGGUCUGGGAAUUGGAAGGCCGCGUUCAACUGUUUCUAACACCAUUGGUGGCAUCGAUGUUUCUCAGGCCCAGGAGUCAGUCCCGAUCCCGGUUGUGUUUGGCCACCGGUUGGCCAGCCAACCGACAAGGCAGCCCCGCGGGCCGCCAUCGGGGGCCGACGAACUGGGUCCCAAGAACUUUGCAACUCGCAUAAGGAGGAAAGCCAUAGGGGGGUUGGGAAUGUUGAUGGGGGCAAGGGAGCGAAGGGAGCUGGUCGACACGUUCUGAAUGCUCCUCUCUCUCCUUUGCGAGAUAUGAUGCCUUUUUUUGAUUAACAAGAACAGAUAUUUAUUGUGUCGACCUGGUUCAUCUGAAGUCGAGUGGUGUUUUAGUAACGUUCGGUGGGAAGGGGUUUGAGUAGAAAUCGGAAAUACAGAAUUGCAUCAAUGUAUC